UUUUAGCGUAUUUAAGUAUCAAGACAGUAUUGGUAUACAUUUAAUAGCAGUGCAUCAUGAGUGCUCCAAUGUUCAACCCGAUAGUUCCACUGAAUGUAAAUGUGUCUCUACGUCCUGGAUUUAUGGUUUACAUCAAUGGAACUCCAAACGGCGGAAGAUUUUCGGUGAAUUUCAAGGGCCCUCGCCCCGAUGAUCAUGCGCUUCACUUCAAUCCAAGAUUCGACUCUGGGAAUAUUGUUGUAAGAAACACGAAGAGGAAUGGAAUGUGGGAAGCUGAGGAACGGGCUUCUAAUGGAUUUCCAUUUAUGAUGGGGCAGCCGUUUGAACUCAUAAUUUUAUGUCAGCAACACCAAUACAAGAUUGCUGUGAAUGGUCGGCAUUUCAUUGAAUAUGGUCACAGAAUUAACAUGCAAAAUGUACGAUUCCUCAGCAUAGAAGGAGCUGUUCAAAUCAGUAUGGUUCGCUUCGACCAUGAAGUUCAACCUCAACCCCAGCCAAUAGGAGUGCCGUCCCUUAUCAAUAACCCGGCUGUACCAUGCACGGCAGUUGUGCCUUUCAAGAACAUUAGAGGCCGAAGAGUUACUGUUUCGGGUAUACCACAAAACAGAAGUCCACAUAGAAUCAUGUUUGAUUUUGUAUCGGAUUCUGGAGAUAUCUUUUUACACUUCAACCCUCGAAUUCCCGAGCGUGCAAUGGUGAGAAAUACUGAGAAAAACAAAUGUUGGGGCCAAGAAGAAAGAGCGCUGAGUGUUCCGUUCCCGUUUCAAUACGGAGUUCCGUUUCAGCUCAUGUUUCGGGUGGAUCAGGCCGCAUUUCAUGUUGAAUUGAAUGGUAUGGAAAUUUGUACGUACGCUCACAGAAUACGUCCUCUGAAUCUUAUUCGCACUCUUCGUAUUAAUGGAGCAGUUAACCUUACAAAAGUCCAAUUUGAGUAAAAAUGAAACUGAUGGAAGGCUCAUUGAUGAUGGUCCAAUUCACAUUAAGUGAAGUUCAGACUUAUAAAUGUUUUCAUAAUAGUGUACUUUGUUUUGAAUUGUUAAAACUGGUAAACUAAGAGCAAAUUAUUGUAUAAUUAAGAUACCGUUUCGGAAUCAUCGUUGAAGAUUAUUCAUACGAUAAUUGGACCAUAGGCUGCUUUUCGAGGAUACUGAUUGAAUGUUAUCAUAGCAAAAUGUAAUUGUUCAUUUAUACUUUACGUUAUCCGACGUAUUUUCUUUUAAUUUGUGAGAUUCUUUUGUCGUUUCAUUGCUGCUGUAUAUUUUUAUCCUAUUGUGUAAUUCCAUUCAAAUUAGCGAGCAUCAAUCAUUUCUGUAAUCACAAUAAGCUAAAUAACUUUUGCCCUUUGUGAAGAAUUCAGCGAAUAGUUUGGUAUAACAAUUCCUCAUGACUUACAAAUAAUGUAUUUCAAUAAAUUUUGACAUUGUA